AUGGCCACCCUCCGUGUUCUUUCGUUCGAUGCUGAGGGCUGCCCGAUUCAGUUUAACGCCUGGCUCGAUGACCUGCAGCUGUUCCUAAUGAGCGAUAGCAAGGACAAUGUCUCUCUCUAUGACCACGCCACUGGCGCCUCAGUUGCUCCUGCUGCCACCGCUGAGCUUAGUGCCCGUUCCCAGUGGCAGACUCGUGACGCAGCUGCUCGCCUAGCCAUUCGCAACCACCUGGCGUUAGCCGAGCUCACGCACUUUGGCGAGCAUGAAACCGCUAAGGCCCUGAACGACGCUGUAGUUGCUCGAUACACCUCUCCUGCCACAGCUGAGCUUAGCCGCCUCAUGCUGCCCUACCUGUUUCCUGAGCUCUCCUCCUUUACCACGGUCGCCGAUCUCAUCACCCACCUUCGUACUAGCGACACUCGCCUUCGCGCCGCCCUCCCCACAGAGUUCUGUGCUACGAACCGUCCUCCGAAGUACUGGACCUUCCACUUCAUCGUUACCCGCCUCCCUGACUCUCUGAGCUCGGUUAGAGACUAUUUUCUCGCUCGCAGUCCCACCGGCCUCACUGUAGACCUCCUAGAGGAGCGCCUCUUUGCAGCAGAGAAGAGCAUUGUAGCUGUAGGUGCUGCUCGCGGCGCUCCUCGCACCCCCAUCUUCUAG